AUAAGCAGGAUCGUCAGAAAACCAGAUCAUACGGACUUAUGGUUAUGGAGCUCCGAGCAUAGCAAAAGAGUUACAAAUCUGAAAUUCCUAAAUAUCCAAACAAUAAACCAAUCUGGUUAAUCCCCAAUUGAACCAAUAAUAAACCAAAAUAGAAUUCCCGGUUCAGAUUUCGAGUGAAGAAAAACCAUUACUAGGAUUGAUUCUCACUUUCGCUCAAUCGACAGCGAUGGCGUCGACGCAGUCCUUGACCGUCGCAGCGAAGACGCUACGCAACCGGAUCUUCUCCAGAUCCGGAUCUACAUCCGCCGGGCCGAGUCGAUGGGCCACGCCGGGACACGAGGAACGCCCCAAAGGCUACUUUCCGCCACCGGGACAAUCGCGCAAAUGGGAAGAUUGGGAGCUUCCUUGCUACAUCACGAGCUUCCUCACGAUCGUCAUCCUAGGCGUCGGGCUCAAUGCUAAACCUGAUCUUUCGAUCGAGACUUGGGCUCAUCAGAAGGCCCUUGAACGCCUCGAGAUGGAGACGCUCGGAGAUUCGUCCGAUUGAGGAGCAUCACUGUUAUGAUGACCCUGAAGACUUGGAGUUAUAAGGGUUUCGUUUGUGGAUAAUGAUGAAAUAAGUUUUUUUUUUUUUUUCAACUGUUUAGACGCAUAACAAAUCUCAAAGUUGAUCACUUUUUGAUUUUGCUCGUUUUGAAUUUUGAUCAGCAUCUGCAAUUUGAUUGGUAUUUUUCUCAAUGA